AUGCAUGAACUUGAAUUGUUGAAUGAUCAUGAAUCAUUAGAGCUUUUAAGUCGCCAUGCAUUUGGAUCCAAGACAACUAUGGAAGAUUUCAAGGAGCUUGCAGUUCAGUUAGCACAGUAUUGUGGUGGAAGCCCACUAGCCCUUACAGUACUAGGUUCUUCUCUAUUUGUUGAUGUGUGGGAAAAAGAUAACAUGAUAGAAGAUUGGAGAAAUACAUUUAAUUUGUUGAAAGGAGAUCUUGAUUGUAAAAUUCAAGGUUGUGAAAACUUGUUUGAAGUUCAAGGCUUUUUCAAAUCGGUGCCGUUAGCAAAGCUUGAGGAAGCAGAUUUGGGACAUAUGAAAUGGAUCAAAGAAUACCAUGAUCCUAAGGUGAACCUCACAGAUGAUGGUGAAUUAAAGCUAGAAUACUACAAAAGUUACAAGAAAGAGGAAGAAGUUAUUGACGGAGAUUUAUCUGAAUUUGAGCCGACUACAGGAUGCUACUAUCUUUGUUGUCGCGAUUUCUUCAAGUCAACCACUCCUGAUUGGUUAACACCAACAACAUCAAGGGGUAGUGAAGCAGGACCAAGUUCAUCCAGGGGUAGUGGAGCAACAGCAGCCCAACCACUUCCACCACCAGCAACAACAACCCAACCACCUCCUCCACCACCACCAAAAGCAGCCCAACCACCUCCACCACCACCACCAGCAGCCCAACCACCUCCACCACCACAAGGUGCAAGUCUUGUCCCAAGAAGAAGGGCCCCAAUUGAUGGAAGUGGACGAAGGCAAUAUUCUAAAGGGAUUGUCAAAAUGUCAUUGAUGAGGAAGAUACCUGGAGUUGGGAGCAGUACAGAGAACCCUAUAGUUCUUGAUUAA